UUAAGUAUGUGGUAGAAUUGCAGCCUAUUAAAUAUCAAGAUCAAGACACUACCAGCGCCGCCAUCAGCUGACAUAAACAAGCAACAUGGCAGCGACUGCGGCUCGUCCUGUACCAGAUGGCUAUGAAAGAUGGGCAUGCCUCUACCCAGCCUAUAUCAACAAAGAUAAGUCAAGAGCCGAGGGCAGGAGGAUUCCAAAAAAUAAGGCUGUAUCAUCACCCACGUGUAAGGAGAUGCUGGAUGUGCUCUCCACCACUGGCCUUCAGGUGAGGGGAGAGAGGAAGAUUUACUGCCGGGAGAAGAGCAAGGAGCCACCAUUCUGGGGUCGUGUGAGAGUCCAGCUCAAGACACCAGCAGGGGAAGCAGUCAAUCCGAAGUUCAGAACACGGGAAGACGUGAUGCUGUUUGCUGCUGAGAAGAUCCCACAGUUAAAGACAAGAACCAAUCCCAAGCAUGGCCAGGAUGGUGGGCAGCAGCAGGGCAAGCAGGGCAAGGGCAAGAAGAAGAAGUGAUACAGGAAACUUAACUAGAUGUGUGUAGAAAGCAUUUGAAAAUAAUAAAAAAACAAAAAUAAAUAAAAAGGGUGACAGUGGUUAGUUCUCAGUCUUCUCCUUAACACUUUAAUGAUUUAAUAACUGCCUCUAAGUGACAGGCUGUUUUCCUUCCUCAUUCCUAUUGUUAAGUUAAAAAUAAAUGUUUUGUAAUCUGG